AAACGAAAUGGCUUUCCUUUGAUACAAUUUACAUGAAUACGUUUAACCCUGCUAUAACUGCACACUUAAUUAAAACUGCUCAGGGAAACGGGAGUUUUUUUUCUCACAAUUAUAUGUAGUAUAACAACUAUUAUGUUUACAACAGCCAAUGGCAGUGCGAUUGAAGAUAAAAGACGAUGCUAGAGACAACUAUUCAACCGAACAAAAAGUUGUUCUUCACAGAUGGGAUCUAACGACUGAUGCUAGAACAGAGAGGAAACGACAUGGCGGACCCAGAUGCGUCUUGGCAAAGUGGGGGCUAUGACGUGGAGCUGUUUGUGGAGACCCCUGACUAUGACCUGAUCUGCACCAUAUGCCAGGGGGUCCUCAGGUGCCCAGUAAGAGCUGCAUGCCACCACAUCUUCUGCAAGAAAUGCAUUUUACAAUGGCUGAAGAGACAGGAGACUUGCCCCUGUUGCAGAAAGCCUGUUAAUCAGAAUUUAAUAUUUGUGAUGUUCAAGCUGAGCAAAUCAAUUGGUCGCCUAAAGGUUAAGUGUAAAAAUGAGAUCCGGGGUUGUCCGUCCACCUUCCCCCUCUCGGAGCAGUACUGCCACAGCAUGGGCUGUCUGUUCGAGCUGGUCCCCUGCCCCUACCAGGGCUGCCGGGCACAGCUCCUCCGCAGGGACCUGGAGACCCACGCCCGGCACUGUGAGCACUGGCGCCAACCCUGCCACAUGGGCUGUGGCACAGUGCUGUCACACCGCACCCAGGCCCAGCACAACUGCUACAAGGAGCUGAGGCAUGAGUACGAGGCAAGGCAGAGGAACCACCGGGCCAUCGCAACAGCCCUCCAGAGGAAGAUGAGGAGGAUGCAGAGCACCAUGGCCCACAUGAAGCGGCAGAUUGGCCUCAUCUGUGAGAGCCUUGAGGUCAUGGAUGACCUGGUGGAGGUGGAGGAGGAGGAUGUGGGGGAAAGCAGUGGCAGCACUGGGACACUAAGUAGCAGCAACAGUAGCUCCUGAAAAGCAAGGGCUGCAGCUCUGGCUGCAUGCCACAGUUAACCUGAUGUAUUAUUGAUGCUUAUUUGUCCAUAGUUGCAUUGAAUUUGUGUUGAAUUGCACUGAAUUUGUCUUAUGAAGGAUAAAUUAAACUAUUGAAACUAUUGUGUUUUGUACAUAAAGUCCAUAAAU